UAUAUGACUGGUUUAAUUUGAUUCAUGCACCCACACAAUCAAACUAUUGAAUCACCUCUCCCAUUUCCACCAUGCAACCAACACACUUUGCCUCCCUUCCCACUCAUGCAAGAUCUUUCCACACGCUACUUCAUGCAAAUCGUAAUUCCAUGGAUUUACCCAGGCAGUUUAUAGAUUCACAUUCACACGUGCUUGAAAAUGAGAUGGUUGUUUUGUUUGACCCUGUUGGGAACGUUUUCCAUUGCUUGGUUACAAGAUGUGGAACAGGAGUUCAGUUUGAGGAAGUAUUUCAGAGAAUUUGCCACAAACAUAACUUGGAAGGAACAUCUAUAAUUCAUCUCUGUCAUAUUCAUGAUAAUCAUUAUGACAUACGAAUAUUUGGUGAUGGUGAGAUGGAAAUAAAUUAUGUUGGCCCUAAUAAUGCAGAGCCUUUUGGGCGUGACCCCAUAUGGACAAUAGAUCUAACCCCUGAACUUUGUAGAGGUGAUAAAAGAUUGCCUAUCCCAACUCGAAUACUAGAAGAUCAUUUGUCUCACCAUCCUACAUUCAUUAACAUGGUGUUGCCAAAUGGUUAUGUUACUGAGUGGUUUUUGAAUUGGGACGAAACGAGCUACCCCAAAUGCAUGAUAGGCAUUGGAUGGUAUGAGUAUUGCAGGGCAAGCAGGUUCAGUUUCACCGAUCAAUUGAAAUUUUUCAAGUUGCAAGCGCCUGAUACUUUUAAAGUUGUAAUUGUUCGAAACAAUUGAGUGCUUUGUGGCUCAAUGGUUUCAAUUGAAUACAUUGAUUUUAUGUUUCUUAGCGUAUUAUACCUGUUGAUGUUUCCUGUUUGUGUUCUUAGUUUUGAUAUUGUGAAAAAAUAAUUAUGUGAAUAAAUGAGUAGUUGGGAUCUCAUAAAUUGUAAUAAAAUAAUGAAUUAUUGUUGGUUUAAA